AUGCCCAGGCCGGGGAAGAGCUCGUACAGCGACCAGAAGCCGCCCUACUCCUACAUCUCCCUGACGGCCAUGGCCAUCCAGCACUCGGCCGAGAAGAUGCUGCCCCUGAGCGACAUCUACAAGUUCAUCAUGGAGCGGUUCCCCUACUACCGGGAGCACACGCAGCGCUGGCAGAACUCCCUCCGCCACAACCUCUCGUUCAACGACUGCUUCAUCAAGAUCCCGCGCCGCCCCGACCAGCCGGGCAAGGGCAGCUUCUGGGCGCUGCACCCGGACUGCGGGGACAUGUUCGAAAACGGCAGCUUCCUCCGCCGCCGCAAGCGCUUCAAGGUCCUGCGCCCCGAGCAUCACCUGCCCGGCGGCGGCGGGCCGGGCGGCGGGGCGGGCGGCGGCGGCCCCGGCAAGCCCCCGGCACCCGCCCCGCACAUGGUGCACUACUUCCACCCGCACCCGCACCCGCCGCCGCCGCCGCCGCCUCCCCCGGGCAAGGUGCCGGGGCUGGCGGGCUCCGAGGCGGCCGUGGCCGCCGCCGCGGCCGCCGCCGCCGUGGGGAGGUUGCCGCAGUUCUCGCCCUACGGGAGCAGCCAGCCCUCGGGCUUCAAGCAUCCCUUCGCCAUCGAGAACAUCAUCGGCAGAGAUUACAAGGGCGUGCUGCAGGCCGGCGGGCUGCCGCUGGCCUCGGUGAUGCACCACCUGGGCUACCCGGUGCCCAGCCAGCUCAGCAGCGUGGUGAGCUCCAUGUGGCCGCACGUGGGGGUGAUGGACUCCGUGGCCGGCGUGCCCGUGUCCCCCGACUACGGACCCUUCGGGGUUCCCGUGAAGACGCUCUGCCACCCGCCGGCACAGACCAUGCCCGCCGUCCCGGUGCCCAUCAAGCCGGCGCCGGCGAUGCCCGCUGCCUCGGCCAUCCCUGCUCUGACGGUCGCCGCCUCGCAGAUCUGCCCCGCCGUUUCCCCAGCCGCUGCUUCGCUGAUGGAACAGACGGCGAGCAACACCCCCGAGGGCAAGGGCUCCCUCCACUCCGUCCUAGUGCAUUCCUAA